AUGCCAUACUUUAAGGUUGAAGCUUGAAGCAACUGACAACAAAUGAGGAAGUUGGAAGAUUAAUAAACAAUUUUCAAAAUAAUGUAGAUUUUGUUUGUAAGGUAUGAAAUUUGAUAUAAUACAAGAAAAAUCAUGGCUCAAAGUUCUACAAGCGGUACUGCACCUAGACGCCACCUCAGGGAAAAUGAUUCAGUAUCCAUCAGUUCUAGGGUGGCAGAUAUUGCUGAGUGGGAGGCAAAUGAGGCUCUACGACAGAGAGAACUUGAAGAAGCCCGAGGAAGGGCAGCACAAAUGGAAAAAACCAUGAGAUGGUGGUCAGACUGUACAGCUAACUGGAGGGAGAAAUGGAGUAAAGUACGUAACGAAAGAAAUAAAUCUAGAGAUGAAUGUAAACAACUAAGAACUAAACUGGAUAAUAUUUUAAAAGAGUCUUCUUGUAAUAAGAAAAAGAAAGAAGAACUGGAAAUUCAGAAUGAACAUUUAAAGAAAGAAAUAGAAAAAAUUCAUCUGAUUUUACUGAAACAUGCUGGCCAGUUUGAUAGUCAACUCUUUGAAGCAUUGAGUGAAGACCCAUUGAAAGAUUUUGUUUUUAAUAGUUCAUCACCAGUUAAGCUUGAGAAUGGAGUUUAUUCUACAGAUAAUCAAGAUAGUGAUACCUUAAGUACAAUUUCGAAAGAAAUUUCUAUAGAUGACUAUAUUUUAAAAGGUGCUGUUCCAAAGUAUGUCAAUGAUUUGAAAGGAGAUACUUCUGAUAAAAACAGUGACACUGCUCCAUCAGAAACAGGGUCGAAGGAUAAUUGUGAUGAGGAAUAUGUUAUUCAAAAAUUAUCCAUGUUGCAACUUAGACUAGAUGAAACAACAAAAACAUUACAAAUAGAGCGAGAUGAAAAAACACAAUUACAUCACACAAUAGAUGACUUGAAAUCGGAAUUACAAGAAAUGAAGACUAAAUGUGAUGAAUUGAGAGAGCUACGUCAGGAUGCAGCAAGGGAACUCCUUAGCAUACAAGAUCAGCAUCAAGAAGAAGUGAGACUUUUAAGAGUAGAUUUACAAGAUGAAGCAAACUCAAGGGAAGGAAUGGAUAGAAGAAUUAAUGAUCUACGAGCAGAGUUGGAACGGCUUCAGGCAGAGAAUGCAGCUGAAUGGGGUAAAAAAGAACGUCUCGAAACUGAAAAAUUAGCAUUAGAGAGGGAUAAUAAAAAGUUGCGAACUGAAUUGAGAGAUAUGCAAGAGAGAAUGGAGAGACGAGGAAGACCUUGGCAAACUUCUGACGAAGAUGUAAGACAUUUACAGCAAGAAUUGUUGGAUAAAAAUAAGGAAAUUGCUGAACUUCGACAUUCCCAAAGUAAAAUGAAAAAAAUGGUACAAGACAAAGUUGGAGAGUUAGCCCAUGCAUCAAGGAGAGCUGAACAGUACGAGGCAGAAGUUAAAAAACUCAGAACUAGGGUAGAAGAACUCAAGAAGGAUUUGGCAACAGCAGAAGAUGAAUUGGAUACAGCCACUAACAAUGUGAAAAGACUGCAAAGAACAAAUGAUGAGCUACAAGAACAAGUUGAUAAUUUCCAGAUUCAGUUACAACAUCUUCACAGCAGUAUGGAAAAGGAAGAUGGUGGCGAGGAAAUGGCUUUAUAUGUAGAAGAAUCAGAGGUUACGUAAUUCUGCUCCUACAACUUUGUUGUCACAUCGAGGAAUGCUUUCUAACGAAGAGGGAAGUGAUGAUGAUUUACCGAGUAUUCAUUAUUAAUUCGACGAAUCAAGUAUGAUUACAAAUCUCUAAUAUUUAUACAAUGUAUUGUGAAGGGAAAGUCUGCCAAUAUUCUCACAUAUAAAUUUAUUUAUUUAUUUAUGAAAGUGUACAUAAUAAAUGACUCACCUACUAAAAAUA